UAGGGGAAAAGACAUAGUAGCCACAGCCACCUUUGCAAGUCUUCCUCUUCGUCACCAAACAAGUUUCAUUCUUCACUUCACUCAACAAAUCCAACACUACCCAGUUGCAGAUUCUAUUGAUUUUUGCAAGGAAAUGGGUUCUGAGAAUCAAGAAACACCAGAUGAACGAAUCAACAUUUCGCAUUCUCCACCUUCUUCUUCUCAUAGUUGGAAAAAUCGAAUCUUUUUUCCAACCCUCAUUGCAGGGGUUGCUGGUGCUGGAACUGGGUUAAUUUCGAAGCAUCGAAAAAGUCUUGGUCUUGCUAAUGUUUCCGCCAGCUAUGCUGCUAACUUUGCCAUCAUUACUGGUUGCUAUUGCGGAGCACGUGAAUUUGUGAUUGCAACAAGGAAAACAGGACCCGAAGAUCUAUGGAGCUCUGCGGUAGCGGGAUUUGGAUCCGGUGCUCUUCUGGGACGUUUAUAUGGUGGUCAAUUUGGCGCAGUUCGUUAUUCUGUGAUUUUUGCUGUUGCGGGGACAACAGCGGAUUACACUAUUCUGAAGUUUACAGAUGUUUUGAGAGAUUACAGUAAAAGAAUAUAUGAAGAUUUUGAGAAUGCAAAGAAGAAUGGAAAUUGGUUAAGAUUGCCAGAGUGGUUCCCAAUUAAAGUACUAGACGAGGAAGAACUUGCUGCAAAACGCGCACGGGAAGAGCAGUUCCUUGCGCAGAGGGAAAGGAUUCGUAGCCUAAGGGAAGAAGAAGAUUCUUGAGUAUAUUGGAAUGAAACAGCCUUCCAUACUAUUCAACAUUUUGUAUACCCAAUUGCUUAUUUUUAUAGUUUGUAAUAAUAAUGUACUUUUCAAGCUUAUAUACAUUUUUGAAGAGUUAGAUAUUUAAGAUUCACAUCUUCACUUAGACUAAUGAUUUUGCCCUUCCUUAUAUAGACAUUGUCCAGUGAGUGCACAAGGAGAAGUUAAAAUGAUUGUUAUGUUUACUUUUAUUUGUUAUACUUUACAGUAGCAAGAAACUAUACAAUCUAAGUAUUUUAUUUUAUUUUUAUACUUUCA